AGCAGCGGCACGGCGCCCUCCGCGAGCCGCGCCGCUAUGCUGCGCGUCCCCAGCCACCUCCUCGGGGCCUCCGUAGCACCCGCCGCGGCCCUGGCGGCGGCGCUUCUCUCGUCGCUCGCGCGCUGCUCUUUCCUGGAGCCGAGGGACUCGGUGGCCUCGGCGCUCAGCCCUUACUUCGGCACCAAGACUCGCUACGAGGAUGUCAACCCCGGGCUGCUGUCGGACCCCGAGGCGCCGCGGCGGGACCCGGAGCUGCUGCAGGACACCUGCACCCCGGUGCAGCUGGUCGCCCUCAUCCGCCACGGCACCCGCUACCCCACGGCCAAACAGAUCCGUAAGCUGAGGCAGCUGCACGGGCUGCUGCAGGCCCGCGGGCCCGCGGGUGGCAGGGACGGCAGGGCCCGCGGCCGCCCGCUGGGCGCCGCGCUGGCGGACUGGCCGCUGUGGUACGCGGACUGGAUGGACGGACAGCUGGUGGAGAAGGGACGUCAGGACAUGCGACAGCUGGCACUGCGCCUAGCCUCUCUCUUCCCGGCCCUCUUCAGCCGCGAGAACUACGGUCGUUUGCGGCUCAUCACCAGCUCCAAGCACCGCUGCGUGGACAGCGGCGCCGCCUUCCUGCAGGGGCUGUGGCAGCACUAUCACCCUGGGUUGCCGCCGCCCGACGUCGCAGAUAUGGAGUGUGGACCUCCAAGGAUUAAUGAUAAACUAAUGAGGUUCUUUGAUCAUUGUGAGAGGUUUUUAGCUGAAGUGGAAAGGAAUGCUACUGCUCUUUAUCACGUAGAGGCCUUCAAAACUGGACCAGAAAUGCAGAACAUUUUAAAAAAAGUUGCAGCUACUUUACAGGUGCCACUAAAUGAUUUAAAUGCAGAUUUAAUUCAGGUAGCUUUUUUCACCUGUUCAUUUGACCUGGCAAUUAAAGGUGUUAAAUCUCCCUGGUGUGAUGUUUUUGACAUAGAUGAUGCAAAGGUAUUAGAAUAUUUAAAUGAUCUGAAGCAGUAUUGGAAAAGAGGAUAUGGAUAUACUAUUAAUAGUCGAUCCAGCUGCACCCUGUUUCAGGAUAUCUUCCAGCACUUGGACAAAGCAGUUGAGCAGAAACGAAGGUCUCAGCCAAUUUCUUCUCCAGUCAUCCUCCAAUUUGGUCAUGCAGAGACCCUUCUUCCACUGCUUUCUCUCAUGGGCUACUUCAAAGACAAGGAGCCCCUAACAGCUUUCAAUUAUAAGGAACAAAUGCAUCGGAAGUUCCGAAGUGGUCACAUUGUACCUUAUGCCUCAAACCUAAUAUUUGUGCUUUACCAUUGUGAAAAUGCUAAGACUCCUAAAGAAGAAUUCCAAGUACAGAUGUUAUUGAAUGAAAAGGUGUUACCCUUGGCUGGCUCACAGGAAAGUGUUUCUUUGUACGAGGAUCUGAAGAACCACUACAAGGACAUCCUUCAGAGUUGUCAAACCAGUGAAGAAUGUAAAUUACCAAAGGUGAACAGCACAUCUGAUGAGCUAUGAGAAACUGGAGAACACUUUUAAUUCUUCAGGAAUCUGUAGAGAGUGAUUACAUGCUUGUAAUAGGUAGGCAAUCCCUUGAUUACAGAAUGCUUUCACAUUAGUUGGACAUUUCUGUCUUUUCACAGAAAAACAUUGAGUUUCUUUUUGGGUCUGGACAAACCAUGUAAGAAAUGAUUCUUCACUGGAGCAGGUCUCUUAAAGGGAAAAAAAUCUAUUCAAAGAAACAGUUGGCACUGCAAAUGUUUACAGAAAUGAAAUUCUUUCUACUUAUACAAGAAAUCUCAUACUGAGAUAGAAAUAUGAUUUCAAAGUGAUACUUGAAAAGUGCUAGAGUAACAAAAUGUAAUCACAAUUGGAUGAUCCAUAAUUUGAUGGAACUAAAUCUAGGAACUUUACCAGUUGUGCUGCAGUGCUCUCUUUUCUCCUCAGGUAGGACAGUGCUAGUAUUAAUUGUCCUUCUUAAUCAGAAAUGUUGCGAGAAGCUGGGAAUAUCUCUUUGGAAGAAAGCUAACAUCUCUCUAGAUGAGAGUUUGAAACAAUGUUAAUCAACAGUCUGUUAAAAUAAAUCAGACACCUUUACUGAAGCAAGACAAAAGUAUAUUAAAAUAAAUAUUUUUGUAAAUAGUAUUUAUAAAAUAUCUGAAUACUUUUUCAAUAAUUCCCUUUAACCUCCUAGUAAGACUUGCAAGGCCAUAUUAAAUUAUCAUACUUUUUUACAUACAUAGAAUGGAAGGACAGAGAGGACCAUAGCAACAAGUCAGAUGGAUAGAAUCAAUGUUUCUUAAAUCCAUUGUUUAGCUAGCUUUUCCGUUCUGUCACUUGGCUUUUAUUUUUAUAUUUUGCUAUUAUAUGAAAUGUAUCUUUUGGUUGUUUGAUUUCUUUUCUUUUUUUUUUUUUUUUUUAAUAAAGCUUACACUGGCUGGCUCAGUUUCACAGAUUUGAACCCAUUUCAAAGAAAUAGUUCUGAGUUCUGUCAAAAGGCCAUGAAAGGAUUUGCGGAUGGCCAGUUGGCUCAGUUAGUUAGAGCACAGUGUUGAUAACACCAAGGUCAAGGGUUUGAAUCCCCUUAUCCAUCAGCCAACAAAAAAAAAAAAAAAAAAAAAAGAAGAAGAAGAAGAAAGUAUUUAAGUAUUUGCUAUAAUAAACAAAAUUCUUGUGACUUUACUACCAGGUCUUUUCUGCUCUGCAUGUCAAAAUAUGAUCAAUAAUUGAUGGGUAAACGUUGGAAUUUCAGUCAGCCUUUAUUCAGGCAAUAUAAGGCAAUUUUCUUCUAAUAGAAAUUUCCUUAAAUGGAUUAUUGUGAAAGCAUUUUAUUUUUGUUAACAUUCACUGAUUUAGGAUUUUUGUUUCAAAUGUGUGGUUAUUCCUAUCAGACAAUACGCAGUAAAAUCUCAAUUUUCUGGAGUUGACUAUGUUAAUUUUCCAGUAAUUUAGUUUUGAGGGACCAUAAGAAAACAAACACAUAUGAAGGACAUGCAUAUGUUUUGUACACAUUGUCAUGUAUGACUUGGAUUAGGACACUUUCAGUUGAUAAAAGUGUAAAAAUUAGUUUUGGGUUUAAAAAAAUAAACUUAAGUAGGAUCUUGUUUAGCACCAAGACUCAAAACAUUUUCUAUUUAAUGCUUAGUCAAUCGAAUUUUUUAGUCAUUGAAGCUAUCAUAUGCUAAUUAAAGAAUAUUAAAUGCUUUCUCUUGGUAAGAAAGCCGCUUGUUGCUUUCACUUUUACAAAAUAUGACUGGGGCACUUUAAAAAUUAUAUCAUAUUAAUCACUGGGUUACGUGACCUUGCCAAUGCCUUCUUACAUAGAUUUUCUACUUUUAAAAAAAGUAGGAUUGAUGAGUAAGUAAAAGAAACAAGCCAGUGUUUGGGGGCUAUAAAUAUAGCAUAUGUGCUACAAAAAGAUGAAGAAGGACCAUUUCAGCAUGGCAUUUUCAGAAACUGAAUUAUUCCAGAAUGGCAAGUAUUCAGAAAUGGAUACGAUAUAGAUUAAUUCAGAUAUUCUUCUCAGAGUACAAAUUCUAGAAGAUAUUGUAGAGAUGUUACAAAAAAAGGAUCCCAGUUGAAAUGACCAUGGGAAACUUGGAGUUCGCUUUCCUAUGGAAUGUCUCAGGCUUUUAACGUGCUAGCUUUGUGACUACAAGGAGGCAUUAUAUAGUAGGUUGCAUUUUCCUCUUUUGUUUGACCUGAGAAUUAUUUUUCAAGAAGCAGCUCCUAUGACUAUGGCAAAUGAGACUAUGCUCUGAAACUUUUGGGGUUAAAUCCAAAAUACAUACCAUUUGGGUUUCUUUCACGUAAGAGGGUGGUAGGUCAUGGGAUUAAAUACACGUAGGAAAUAAAAGUGUACGCAUUGUAAAUUAGAUCAAAUAAAAUAGGUGGGGUCAUUACAGUUUUAUCUUUAAAAAAUAUUGUUUUGUAAUUUAAUUUUCACUUAAAGAAAAAUGGAAAUCCAUUUUAUUAAAAAUAUAAAGUAUCACAACUAUAUAUGGAAAUUCUAAGAAGAUGCAUAGAUCAUUGAUCUUCAAAUGAAUGAUGUUCAUAAAAUAGUCAAUUAGCCAGUAAAUGCUGCUGAUACAUCAGUAUACACUCACUGCUGAUUGUUUCUGCAAAGUUCCGUGUCCUCUUUUUUUUUUCUUUUUAAUUUGUAACUAUGCAGACAAAAAGAAUAUAAUAAUGUGAACCUAUACCCAUACUGUUUUAUCAAAAUUAACAUUGUAUCAUUUGUCUUAGAUCCAAAUAAGAGCCUUUUUAAGGACUUUUACAUACCUCCCUGAUCCUGUUGCCCUCACUACCUGCCUAGAAGUAACCAACAACGUAAAAUUCAAUAUUCAUCAUAUCAUUGCCUGUUUGACUCUGAAAACUUGUAGUAUUGUUGUGGAAGUUUUAAAAUUUUCUAUAAAUGGACUUUAUGUGUCAUUCUUGAAUAAGUGGUUUAUUUUGAUGGCUAUAUUUGCUAUUCAAGACUCUUCUUGAUCCUCAUCAAUUUGUUGCAAAUUAAUACAUUGAAUUCAUCCAUAUCUGUUGUACACUUUUUGUUUACAAACACUAGACCUAGUCUGUGGACAUAUAAAGAUGAAUGAACCUAGUUGUUUUAUUGAAGAAGGUUAUCCUUUUUUUUUUCAAUCAUUAUACAAUGUAACCAUUUUCAUGGCCCUUUCUUCCCUCCCCCUCCCCCUUUACACCCCCAACAACCUUGAUUCUGUUCUCUUCAAAAGUUCCAAGAAUUAUUGUUAUUGUUAUAUCUUUUUUGUUUAUUUUUAUUAGUUCUCACAUAUAAGUGAGAACAUGUGGUAUUUCUCUUUCAGUGCCUGGCUUAUUUCACUUAACAUAAUUUUCUCUAAGUUCAUCCAUGUUGCUACAAAUGGCAGUAUUUCAUUCUUUUUUAUAGCAGAGAAGAGGGUUAUCUUAAAAGACCUCAAAACAAAUUUACUUGUGUCUGACACAUUA